GGCGGCGGCGGCGUGAGGCGGCGGCGGCGGCGGCCGGGCCGGGCCGGGCGGACCCCGCCCGCUCCCCCUGCUCCUCUCCCGGCCCCCCCAAUGCCGCUGGCCUGGCCCCCCCCCGCCCCCUGAGCUCCCCCGCCUCCCCUUCCCCCUCCCCGCACACCGCCUGCCGCGGCUUCCCCCUAUCGCGAUAGUCGCCGGCGGCGCGGGGGGGGGGCCGCCAUGUCGAGCAGCGGUCGCAGCCCUUUGCCGACCGUCAACGAGAGGGACGCGGAACAGCCGGGCGCCGUGGAGGGCAAGGGCGGCGGCAAGGCCAGCAUGCUGCGGGGCCGCAACGCCGGCACGGCCGCCGAGGAGCAGCCCCACAUCGGCAACUACCGGCUGCUCAAAACCAUCGGCAAGGGCAACUUCGCCAAGGUCAAGCUGGCCCGGCACGUCCUGACCGGCAAGGAGGUGGCCGUGAAAAUCAUUGACAAGACGCAGCUCAACUCCUCCAGCCUGCAGAAGCUCUUCCGGGAAGUGCGAAUAAUGAAGGUCCUGAACCACCCCAACAUAGUGAAGCUCUUUGAGGUGAUCGAGACGGAGAAGACGCUUUACCUGGUCAUGGAAUACGCCAGCGGGGGUGAGGUGUUCGAUUACCUGGUGGCCCACGGGCGCAUGAAGGAGAAGGAGGCCCGGGCGAAGUUCCGACAGAUAGUGUCGGCCGUGCAGUACUGCCACCAGAAGUUCAUUGUGCACAGGGACCUGAAGGCCGAGAACCUGCUGCUGGACGCCGACAUGAACAUCAAAAUCGCCGAUUUUGGCUUCAGCAACGAGUUCACCUUCGGGAACAAACUGGACACGUUCUGCGGCUCGCCGCCCUACGCUGCCCCCGAGCUCUUCCAGGGCAAGAAGUACGACGGGCCCGAGGUGGACGUGUGGAGCCUGGGGGUCAUCCUCUACACGCUGGUCAGCGGCUCGCUGCCCUUCGACGGGCAGAACCUCAAGGAGCUGCGGGAGCGGGUGCUGCGGGGGAAGUACCGGAUCCCCUUUUACAUGUCCACGGAUUGUGAGAACCUCCUCAAGAAGUUCCUCAUCCUCAACCCCACCAAGAGGGGCACCCUGGAGCAAAUCAUGAAGGACCGCUGGAUGAACGUGGGCCACGAGGACGACGAGCUGAAGCCCUACAUGGAGCCCGUGCCUGACUACAAGGACCCCCGCAGGACAGAGCUGAUGGUGUCCAUGGGCUACACGCGGGAGGAGAUCCAGGAGUCGCUGGUGGGGCAGAAGUACAACGAGGUGAUGGCCACCUACCUGCUGCUGGACCACAAGAGCUCCGAGCUGGAGGAGAACCUGUCCCUGAAGCCGCGGGUGGCCCCGGAGGUGGCCAACAGCUCGGGCCCCUCCCCCGCUCACAAGGUCCAGCGCAGCGUCUCGGCCAACCCCAAACGGCGCGUGAGCGACCAGGCCGGGCUCUCCAUCCCCACCUCGGCCUCGUACUCCAAGAAAACGCAGGCGGCCAACGCGGAGAACAAGCGAGGAGGAGGAGCAGGAGCAGGAGGAGGAGGAGGAGGAGCAGGGGAGGAAGAGGCCGGGGGGCGCCGGGCCGGCAGCACGGCCAAGGUGCCCCCCAGCCCCCUGCCCGGCCUGGAGCGAUCCAAGGGCACCCCCUCCCCCUCCACGAACAGCGUCCUGUCCACGGGCACCACGCGCAGCCGGAACUCGCCGCUGCUGGACCGGGCCAGCCUGGGCCAGAGCUCGCUGCAGAACGGCAAGGACAGCGGGGCCCCCCCCCGGGUGCCAGCGGCGUCCCCCUCUGCCCACAACGUGAGCCAGGGCCCGGGCGAGCGGCCGAGCUUCCCGCGGGGGGUCUCGAGCCGCAGCACCUUCCACGCCGGGCAGCUCCGCGCCCCCCGGGACCCCCGGGACCCCCUGCCCUACGCGCUGCCCCCCGGGCUGCCCCCGCCCGCCUCGCCCUCGGGCGCCAGCCAGGGCCGGCGCGGCCCCUCCGCCAGCCUCUUCAGCAAGUUCACCUCCAAGUUCGUGCGCAGAAAUCUGUCUUUCAGGUUUGCCAGAAGGAACCCCCACGAGCCCGAGAGCAAGGAGCGGGUGGAGACCCUCAGACCGGCGGUGGGCCCCGAGAAGGACCCCCGCGACGCCGGCCGCGACGCCAAGCCGCGCUCGCUGCGCUUCACGUGGAGCAUGAAGACCACGAGCUCGCUGGAGCCCGGCGAGAUGCUGCGCGAGAUCCGCAAGGUGCUGGACGCCAACAGCUGCCGCUGCGAGCCCCAGGAGCGCUUCGUGCUGCUCUGCGCCCACGGCGCGCCCGGCCACGACUCCUUCGUGCAGUGGGAGAUGGAGGUGUGCAAACUGCCCCGGCUCUCGCUCAACGGCGUCCGCUUCAAGCGCAUCGCCGGCACCUCCAUGGCCUUCAAGAACAUCGCCUCCAAGGUGGCCAACGAGCUCAAGCUCUGAGCCGCGGCCGCCCGCCGGCGGCUCCGGCGCGGCCCGGGGGCGGCCGGCGGGGACCGCAGGGGUCACCCGGGGGCGGCUCCGGGGCGGCCGAGGAGCUUUGGGGACACGGAGGCGGCGCCCCAGGGGCGGCUCCGAGCCGCGGACCGGGAGCGGCGACCCGGGAGCGCCUGUGAGGCGGCCGCCGAGCUCCAGCUCCGAGCCACGGACGCGGCGGGGACGCCCACGGGGGCACGCGGGAGCGCCAGGAUGGACCUCGGGCGUCUCGGGGGCUCCUGGAUGGAUCUGGGCAGCACCUGGAUGGACCUCGAGCGCGCUCCAGGCCUUGGUGGGCACGUCCUGGAUGGAGCCAGGACCUUCGGGAUGGACCUGGGAUGGACCCAGGAUGUCCAGGGUGGACCCGGGAUGUCCAGGAUGGACCUGCUGCGGGGUCCAGGAACGUCCUGGAUGGAUCUGGGGGAACUCGUGGCUGAAGCCGGGACCUCCAGAGGUCACCUGGCUGGACCUUGUGCGGGGUCCAGGUGUCCGUGGGGACAGCCUGGAUGGACCCAGGGCCGCCUGGAUGGAGCUGGGAUCUCUGGGGCUCACCUGGCUGGGCCUGGGACCACCUGGAUGCACCUGGGGACGUUCUGUGGCGUCCAGGGCCCCGUGAGGACGUGGGGACAUCCUGGAUGGGCCUUUGGGGACAGGGCCAGGGUUUCAUGGGGACCCUGGGACCUCUUGGGGACAUCCUGGUGGCCCAGGGACCUGGGGGGAUCUUCUGGGAGGGGGGAGCGAGGCUCACCUGAGGACAGGGACACAUCCGGGGUGGCCCAGGGACCUCUGGGGACAGGAGUGGUGGCCCAAGGCCCUUCUGAGGAGUCCUGGGCCUCGAGAGGCCGUGGGGACAUCGUGGAUGGCCCCGCAACCUCCAGGGACAUCCCGGGUGGCCCUCGGGGACAUCCUCGGUGGCUCAGGAACAGCUGGGGGUGGCCCAGGGCCACGUGGGGACAUCCUGGGCGUCCCUGAGCCUUCCGGGGGGACACGGGACAGUCCGGGGGUGGCCUUAGGGGGGGUGGGGUCUGUCCCCUCCCCCCGUGGGGAUGCCGGUGUCCCCUGCCCCUCCCCCCUUGGGGACAGGGCUGUCCCCUCCCCCCGCACUCAGGAAGGCCCCGGGGGGGGAGGGGCGGGGGCGCUGCUGCUGCCGGGGGUGGCUCCGGGUGGGGGUGGGGCGUCCCCUCCCCCCCCCCCCCUUUUUGUCCUGCUGUAGCCCCGCCCCGGGCACCGCCCCUGGGGGCGGGGACACUCCGGGGGAGGGGCCAAACCCAGGCCACGCCCCCUCUGCGGUGGAUUUUCCAGGUUCUAAUUAAAAACUUUCCAGAAAGA